AUGGGAAGCGCUCUGAGUGGGCUUUGCUCUGAAGUGGAGACAAACCCUGUAAACUUGGCACCAGUGCACGAGUGCCAAUUCCCGCUCCAUGUCAUGAAGGUGUCCGACUUCCUUGAGAUGGAGGGAGUCCCAGAAGCCCACGCAGUACUGAAACAACGGAGCUUGCUGCAUGAGUGGCAUGCUGGAAUGUUCGUAAUUUUCGUAUCCCACCAAUGGCUCAGCUCUUCUCAUCCGGAUCCCCAGGGACGGCAGGUUGCAGUGCUGCGCGAUGCCCUGCGCGGUAUGAUUAGUGGCUCCGUGGAUGUAGCUGUAGAUUUCAUUUCCAGGACACACGAUAAGCGGAGCAUGUCGCAACGUACCAGACAAGAGAUUGCAAAGGGCUACGUGUUUUUCGAUUGGUUUGCGAUUCCGCAAAUCACUGCUCGUACGGAGGGUAUCAAUGAAGAGACUACGAGAUCUGAUGCUGCGUUGGCUGUCGGGAGCAUCCCCGCCUAUGUGGAAGUUUCAAACCUGUUUAUAGCUCUUGUUCCAGAGCAGCUGCACAAAGACACGGGCUUGCUUUGCAAUUAUGCAUCGUGGCUUUGCAGAGGAUGGUGCAGGGCUGAGCUAUGGUGUCACCUUUUGUCGAACAAGCCUGACACGAGCGUGGUGGUUGUUUAUUCGCCAGCAGAGGCAGAGUAUAUGUUCGCAAUGGACUGGCAGCAGAACCUCAUCUCCGAGGGAGACUUCACUGUCGAAAGUGACCGCUCUGCAGUUGUAAAGCUCGGCGAUAUGGCGGUAAUGAGCAAGAUCCAACACUUAUCAGACCACGGCCCUCUCAGCCACUUCCGAUUCUACCUGGCUUUGCGACCCAGGUUACUGGGAAGGGAGAGGAGGGAUCGCACACUUGAGGAAUUUCUUCUUCACUUCAGGUUCCAGAGCUUGCAGGAAGCGGCGGAGGAUGAGAGCUCCAUGAAUGGCACCAUGAGCGCCGUCAUGUCCGGAGAUGUGAAGAUGCUACAGCUGCUCGCCGCCAAUCGUGCAGACGUAAACUUCAAGCUGCAUGGGCUUGGCGAGCUGGGCUACUUCGACACCCAAACUGUUCUGAUGGCUGCUGCCAAAUCUCGGCAGGAGCCGGAGAUGCUUUCGGCACUCAUUCAGCUCAAAGCUGAUGUGGAGACAAGGUCCAGAUCCAACAUCGUUUGCGCAUACCUCGUCCGGUCUCCGGGGCACGUGAAAGUUUUGGCUGAUGCAAAGGCAGACCUGGAAGCAAGUUGGCCCUUAAACGGUCCGGCGGCCCUGGCUAGCACCGAAACUGUUGAAGCUAUGGUGAAGUUCCGUUGCGAUCCGAACUUUGACUAUGAGACGUUUGGAGUUAGAUAUGGCCCUUUACAUUCAAUGACUUUGUUUGGGCGCUCCAACAAACAUGCCGUAACGACUGCCCGCCUGCUGCUGGCACAUCGAGCCGAUGUCAAUGCACAGGCAAAGCCCCAAGGAGCCUUCGAACAGAAGUGUCGUGACUCGCAGCGGGAGGUGGCAGCCAAGGGCUUUGAAGCCUGUCCCAUGCAGACGAGAUUCGAAGCGAGUGCGCCGGGCAUCACUCCCCUGAGUCUGGCAGCGCUGAUGGGCCAUGAGGGCUUGGUGAAGGUCUACCUAGAGUUUGGAGCCGAGAUGAUCCCAAAUGGGCGUGGCGAUCUACCAGAAGACCUGGCAAAAAGGAACGGCUUCACCCAUUUGCUUCCACUUCUGGCCACCUUCGCGACAUGA